AUGCUCGACCUAGACGUUCAACCCGCCAGAUCUCUGGGAAAUGAAUAUUGGGAGUUUAUUUUAGGCAUGCCACUAUAUCAAGCCAUUGCGUUGAUCAAAUCUCAAGAUGAUCUAUUAAAGAAUAUUCAACUAAUGUAUAACCAACACAAUGCACUUGCAAAUGAUAUUGUACUCGAUUUAGCACAAGAUUGUAUCAGGCUUCAUUUUGACUCUUAUCUGCAAAGAUUGAAGGUCAUAGAAGUAUAUGAUAUGUCUAAAAUUAAGCUGAAAUAUUUAAAUGAGUACUUUAACUCUCCAUCUACAUUACCUACCAUUACACAAAUUGAUAACUGUUUUGGAGCGACUCAUCCCGCUAAAUACAAUGCAGAUAAGACAAUUUUCAGUUUGAAUUUCAGAGGACUGACAUUUAUUUUCAAAAUACUCGACGGAUCAAGUUACGAGACAUCUCCAGUUGUCACAAGUCUCUUCAUUUACUCUGGUCAAUCUUUAACUGACGCCAUAGUUCCUUCCAUACCGUCGUCGUGUUUUUACGCUGGAUUGUAUCUUGAAAAGUUUGAUGGUGAUCGAUUGAUGCAGGCUGCAGAUGAGGCAUCCCCAUAUUCAUCCAUCCAUUAUGCCACCAUUCUUCAAGAAAUUAAUUUUGGCGAUACCACACAAGAUGUGAUAUCAAAGAUUGGAUCGCCCAGUCGCAUGCAUUACAAGGAUUAUGACAAAAUGAAGAUACAUUGUCCCAAAAAACACAACAUGUGCUACAACACAUCUGAUUAUUUCUUCAAUUAUUUGAACUACGGAGUGGACAUCUUGUUUGAUGCCAGGACUCAUGUUGUUAAAAAAUUGGUCAUGCAUACAAACUUUCCAAACCAUUUUAACUUCAACAUUUAUUACAGAUGCCACUUCCAAAUACCACUUAGUGUUUCAAGAAAUCUAAGCAGUUUUGAUUCAGAUGAGCUUGUAUUGAAUAACAACUUUAUAACAUUUGACACGAAGUGGUCAAGUGUCAUGAAGUAUUUAAUCACGCCACACACAAAGCCCGUCGUUCGGAACAGGAUGUAUGAUAACCAACUUUUUAGAGAAAUACAUUGUUUUGGAUGCAACGAAUUCAUUUUUGAAGUUAUGUCAUGUGACCAAAUUGCCUCCGUCACUGUUUACCAACCAUCAAAAGAUAACAAAUAAAGACCAUUCAUUCAUUUCUAUCAAAAAAACCGCAGCAAAAAUAGACUGAUAAGAAUCGAUUCCAAUUUUAAUUGGCUGAAAAUGACACGAGAACACUUUGCAAAUUAAAAAUAAACUUGCAUCCCGAGAGAUUGAUUUUUAAAAUAAUUUUGUGUAAUGAUUUUUUUAUAUUUUAUUAAAUAAAAUAUCAGUAAAUUUCGUAAA